GGAGAUCAUCUUGCUCCUUCUCCUCUCGGUCUCCAUCCCUUCUUCACUUCACCACACCCACAAUGGCCCCGUCAUCGAAAGCAGAGGUCUACUGCAUCUGCAGACGCCCAGAUAUGGGUCUUUGGAUGGUCGGCUGCGACUUUUGCGACGACUGGUUCCACGGCAAGUGCGUGGGCGUUGCGGAGGAAGACGGCGAGCUGAUCGAGUCGUAUUGCUGUCCGAAUUGCGCGAAGAAGAGUCUCGGGCAGACGAGCUGGAAACGAAAGUGUCUGCUGCCGUCGUGUAGGAAACCGGCGUUGUUUGAUAAGACGAAUAAGUCCAGCGCCCAACGGUCAAAGUAUUGCUCGCCUGAACACGGCGUGGAGUGGUUCAAGCUCAACAUUGACGUGCACACGCGCGGCAGCAGCAGCAGCAAGUCAUCACCAUCAACAACUGACGACGGCUAUCGCAACCAACCGAUCUCACCCGCAGAGCUUGCGGCGGUUGUAAAAAGCGCGGGAUCGCUUUCGCGGUUCAAGCUGCUCGGAGAGUUCAUCCAGCUUCCGGACCCGCCGUCGUCGGUGUCGGCCUCGGCACCCGCGUCCUCGGCGUCCUCGCCCGCGCCUACACCCAAGCCUUUGUCGUCAUUAUUUCUCUCCUCAUCAACAACAUCAGCGCCACUCGAUGAAGAACGCGGACUCUACUUGGCCGAGGAGCGCAGGGUACUAAGCAACCUCGCCGCCGAGCGCCGCGAGAUCAACCAGGCGCUGCAGUACAUCGAGAACAAGGCAGCCUACAUCGACUUUAUAAAACUGCGCGCGUCCGCACAAAAGACAAUCUGCGGGUUCGACCGCAAACUUGUCUGGGACGACGCAGAGUGGCAGGCCUGGUGCGAUUCGCAGGAAGGCCAGCGCGCGCUGCGCGAAAUCAGCCAGUUCAAGAUCAGACAGGAGGAGACGCGCGCGCGGAUGAUGGCCGAGCUCGAGGAGCAGGAGAAGAGGGAGGCGGCAGAAGCAGCGGCGGCAGCGGCAGAAGCAGCAGCAGCGAGAUCAGCGGCUGGAAAUAGCAGGAAGCCGAAGCGCGCGGCACCGCAGCGGAAACGGAAGCAGCAGGUGCAGGUGCCGAUAGAUUUACAAGAGAUAGUAGGGAUUUUGGGUGAAGGUGCGAGCGAGGAUGAGGUCUGUAUGCUUGAGAAACGACGGUGCUCGAGACAUGCGAAUUGGCAGUACAUCAGAGCUGAAGAGGUCGAGCUCGACGAACGCGUUGCUCGGAAUGCACUCGCAAAGAUCGAGGCAGGCGAACAGGCCAUCGCGCGACGGGCAACUGCUCGCAGGUAUAAAGACAGCACGAAGGAUGGCGGAAGAUGUAUUACUGUGAGUUAGUAUACGGUGUUAGUAUACUGUGUUAGUAUACUGUAAGUCAGUACUACUACAAGUUGGUGUUUGGAUCAUUGUACAAUACGGCGUUAUCUCUUUCUACUACGCAAUCU